AUGGCGGUGGAUUCUCAUGGAGCUGAGACUCCUAACGACCCUCCAGUCGCUACCACUAUUUGCUCUUCCGCACAAGAAAGAGAGAGAGAAGUCAUUUCUUCUCUCCGCACAAAGAGGAAGGUUCCAGACUCAGAUGCUUCGUCAAACGAGAAACUCAAAACUGUUAGAUUUAGUUCUCCGUUACGAGCUCCUAGCCUUUCGCAUUCUGUUCUUCCUUAUUUGGAACCUUUAGACCCUGAACUCCCUCUUCCUAGAUUGAGCGUUAGUACUCAAAACCCUUCACCAGCUUCGAUUUCAGAAACAGGCGGAGAAGAGAUUGGAGACAUCUUCCGAAGUUUUCAAACCAGGGCAGGGGAGAUGUACGUCAAUCGAGCUCGCUACCUCUCUCAGGCGUUUAUGGAGACUAAUGGAAUGAUCUUCCAUUAUGAGAAUCUUCUUCACCAAGCAAUGAAAGAAACCGCAAAGGCUAGGAACGAGAUUGACGAACUUAAAUCUGUCAAUCAGCCUGACCGACUUGAACAGGCAAAAACAUUCGAGUCGUCUUUUGAAGAUAUGAAGAAUACUUUGGCGACUAACGAGCAACGCCUCAAAAUUGCGAAUGCUGAAAGGGAUUCUGCGAGGUCUGACACUCUUCGCUUGAAGGCUAAGUUAGAAGAGGCCAUGGCUUUGUCCAAAGAAGCGAACCACAAGGCCGACUUAUUAGUCAAAACUAGGGCUCGCGAGAUCGCCGAAGCCGAGCAUAACGCUCGAGAAGAGAUAAAGAGCUUUGGUAGGCAAUUUAUUCAGUAUAUCGUGAAGUUUAUCGAAGAUGAAGAGGUCUGGACUAAACUUCAAACCGAUCAAGCCGAGCUGAAGAGUAACCUAGACCUGAUUGGGGAACUAGAGAAUGGAAGAGUUUUGUUCGAGAAUGAGAGGAGGGAAGUUACUGCCGAACUCGCUGUAGUUGAAUCCGAGUUAUCCUCGGCUUCCCGACCCACUCUCAAUCUGAAAUAG